GGCCAACUGGACCAGUAGAUCAAAAUAAACUUUGACACGAACAGAAGCACACAGGAGAGUUUUGCACUCAACGAAGCGAGGAACCAGUGAAAGGAAAUUAGGACUGGGAUACACAUAGACAUGGACAUUCAGACAGGCCAAGUUGUGAGGGCUGUAGGUCCUAUGGAGAGCCUGGAAAAGCAGCUGAGCUGCCCCAUCUGCCUGGACAUGUUUACCAAGCCAGUGGUCAUCCUGCCCUGCCAGCAUAAUCUAUGCCGUGGCUGCGCAAAUGAUCUCUAUGACUCUCGCAACCCAUACCACUACUCAGGAGGAAUCUUCCGCUGCCCAACCUGCCGCUUUGAAGUGGUGCUGGACCGCCAUGGUGUCUAUGGACUUCAGAGAAAUCUUCUUGUGGAGAACAUAAUUGACAUCUACAAGCAACAGCUGGAGAACAGUGGUGGUGGCGGUGGUCUGGAGCCCCCUUUGAAGGACAAGGACACAAAAGAGCCCAUGUGCCAGGAGCAUGCUGACGAGCGCAUCAAUAUCUAUUGUAUUUCCUGCCAAGUCCCUACGUGCUCCAUGUGCAAGGUAUUUGGCCAGCACAAGGACUGCAAAGUAUCCACCCUGAAAACCGUCUAUGAAACUCAGAAAGCUGAGCUCCAAAACUCAACUGAGUUGCUUGCAGCUAGCAACAGCUACAUCCAGGCCAUGCUACUGCAAAUGGAGGACAUCUGCAAGGCUGUAGAGGAGAACAGCCAAGUGCAGAAGCAGAGACUGGGAGAGAAGUUUGACUUACUUUAUGCAGUUCUGGAAGAGCGUAAGGCCCAGCUACUGGAGCAGAUCACGCUGGAGCAGGAUGAGAAGGUAGCAGUGGUGCAAUCACUAAUUCAACAGCACAAAGAACGGUUGGAGGCAAGCAAAAAGCUGAUGGACCAAGCCACACAGAGUUUGGAGAAAAGCAACAUAGCAGAGUUCCUCGUCAAUGCCAAGAAGAUCAUUGCAGAAGCAAAGGACACAGCCAAAAACUCUCAAUUAGAACGACCAGAGCUAGGCUUUGAGAAGAUGGACCACUUUACACUGAUUACUGAAGAAGUUGAGGAAGUGCUUGGAAAAAUAGACUUUGGUGCAGAUGAUGAUGAGGAGGAGGAAGAGGAAGUAUUUGAAGAGGCUGAAGAAGAAGAGGAGUAAGCAAUGAAGAACUUUGUUUGAUACAUAGACUUUGAAUGGAGGAAGGGUAGCAGAAGAAAGAAUGAAAAAGAGCCCUUGCUAGCACAGGAACACAAAAAAGCUGCUUUUAAAAACUGUGAUGAGUGUAUGCAAUCUAAAAAGCAGUUUUUUACAUGACAAAUUGCACCAUUUCCACUUUCCACUUGACUUUUAUACUUUUGUAUUUAUACAAAUAUGAUUUAUUUCUGUUAUCUUUAGUAUAGAUGACAAGGUUUACACCUAAAUAUUAGAUUUGAUAUGAUUUUUAAGUCAAAACUAGAUUUGUUAGCUGUAGAAUACAGCUGCUUCAAUUUAGUUUUAGUGUGUCUGUCAAAUUCUUUUGAAUACUUGAAUGAAGGUGUUGACUCAUGAAAUACUGUAAAGGUUUAUUGUCAUUGGAUAAUUCAAUGAAAAUAAAGUGUUUACCAAAAAACAAA